UUAAAUAAUCGUGUAUGUUACGUCUGAGGUUGUUGCUGCAAUCAACUAAUUGAACUUAUCUAUAACUAUAUUGAAUCACUAAAAGUUACAAUUGGUUAUUUAACAAGGCAUGUUGGCAGAAGAUCUAAUGAAACACGUUUGCUUCAUUCGUUAAAUGUUUAAAGUAUUCGAAAAAGAACAUAUAGUGGUAUCUUUUAUCCCGCGUACGCGAACUCAAGGUUUCGAAACGGUUUUGGCUCAGUAACAAAACAGAAGCAUGCCACAGUACUAAUACGAAGUUAAUAAACGAGAGCAUAGCUUAAUAAUCAAAAGGAUGUAUUCGUGGCAACUAUUCAAUCUCAUGCUGAAGCGAGUUAAUUUUAAAUAUACUAAUAGCAACGUCAACUUGUCCUCAUUUUCUAGACGCUUUAAUACUCGUAUUAAAUUUGGAGGUUAUCGUAAAAGGAUAGAUUUGUGGUUUAAAGAGCAGAGCGCACAAGUAGCGAAGGCAUGCACCAGGCAAUGUGAAUUUAUUGUGGCACAACGCAUUAAACGAAGUAUUCAAAUAUGUCAUCUCUAUACGAAAAUGUGGGAUGAAGUGGCUCUGAAAGAAAUUAUUAAAUUAUGGAAAAUGCGAGUUAUAAGAAAUUCUCGACAAUUUCUAGUUGGUACUAUUGGAGUGAGUGUGUAUAAUUGGGAUCUUGAAAGAAUAUCCGACGAAGAGGUCAAUAGUUAUAGCCAAGAAAUAGAGGAUAUCUACAAAUUAAGAGAUUGUACUGUCAUAUGUACAAACUGUCACCUACGAAUUAUAAUUGACAAUGCUAGCAAACAACCCGGAAUAGAAUAUUGCAAAUGUGAUGGUGUCAAAACAAAUACAAAUAAAGAUCCAGACGGAUGGCAACCAUAUAUUGAACGUCAAGAUAUGUUAGUCUGGAGACGACAGGAACCAGAUACAGGUUUAUUCGCAUAUAAAGUAUACGGAUCUUUCCCGGAUGUCACAGCUGAGGAUUUUUUACAAGUACAAAUUGAUAUAGAUUAUAGGAAACAAUGGGAUACAACUGCUCAAGAAUUACAAAUUAUUGAUACUGAUCCACGAUCUACAAAAUCUAAUAAUCAUAGUGCUGAUGUUAUAUAUUGGGAAAUGAUUUGGCCUAAAUUAUUUGCUAAUCGAGAUUAUGUAUAUCAACGUAGAUGGGUUAUAGAUAAAGAUAAAAGGGUGGUAGUUAUUGUUAGUAAAGGAACUGACCAUCCAAAUGCACCUGUUAAACCUGGAACUCAUAGAGUAAGAACAUAUUGGUCAUACAUGGUGAUUAAACCUUACAAGGAUUUUCAUCAACCUGGUAUCGAGUUUGGAUUAACUUACUUUGAUGAUCCUGGUAUGAGAGUGCCAUCAGCUAUCACUGCAUGGGUAGCAAUUGCAGGGUUGUCAGAUUUUUUAACUCGCAUGAGACAAGCAUCGAAAGAUUACAAAAAAUAUAAAACGAAGCAAAACAAUGUGACAUCCAAUAAUCAUAAUGUAAUGGGUCAAGAUAAUCUUUCUGAAUAUGACGAUUUACAUAAAGAUAUGAAUACAACAGAAAAAGACAAAAACUUUAGAGAAUAUGAGAUCGUAAAAGAAGAUAAUUCAAAACAUGGUGAAGCCAUUCAACAUACCAAACCAUUAGAAGUUAUGCAAUCUAUAAACGAAAAAACUGAUAUAGAAGAAAAUAAUGUAGAAGAAAACGAAGACAAAGAUAAUGUUGCUAAUCCAAUGUCUCAAGAUAAAGGAGGUUUAUUAAACUACUUUUUUUUGAGUAGAUUAUUUGCGUGACAAGGAAUUGUAGUCUUUAUUUUUAUACAAAUAAUUUAGAAUAUUGAAGCUUUUUUCAUGAUUUUACAUGAAAAUAACUGUAAUUUCAGUUUCAAUUUAAUUACAAAUACGUUGAUUUAUUUUAUUAGUACAAUAAAAAAAUAAUACGUAUUUUUUUAUUUUGAUUAUAUACGAAAAAUUUCAAGAAUACUAUAGAAAUAUAUAUUUUCAAUAUUCAAAUUAUUUUUCGAGAUUACUUAUUAUUGCAUUACAGGUUCAGAAUGCAAAAAAGAAGUAAAUUUGAUAAGCAGAUUUUAAGACUCUGUCAUUGAAAAUCUAUACUAUUUUAUCAGUGUAUGAUUUAUGCAUUUAUUGCAGUUGUACAAAUCAAUAUAGCUAAUGAUCAAUAAUACAUCGUAUUUAUAUAUGAUACUGAAGUAUAUUAUGAAAUUAAGAGAAUCAAGAAAUACUAAAUAGAAGAAAUCUAUUAUUUUGUAACUAACUGAAUCAUCUAAUAUUAGCAUAUAUACUUUUCAUUUACUUUAAUACAUUAUUUUAACUGUACAGUUAUAUACUGUUCAGUAUUUUAAUUGCGCAAUUUAUUUUAAUAAAGUUGCCUUUAUCUACAAUCACCAACACAAUCUACUGCUUUUAAAUCUAUUUUUUUAUCAUGGAUACAUCCACUCUCAUUGUAAUUGCUAUCAUUGCAUAAUUUCCAUUUAUUUAUUUUUUGAUUUAUACAAAGCAAGAAAAUACAAAAGACCAAAUGAUAUCAUAUAGUAAUACUAUUACAUUAGUAUUUACCAAUACUUCAGUAAUAUUAGAAUGAAAAGUAUAUAGUAUAAAAAUAAAAUCAUAUAUUAGAGAAAAUUAAAAAUGUUUAUAAUCGUAUAUAAAAAAAUAUAAUCGUAUAUAAAAAAAUCGUAUAUAAAAUAUUAUAUUUUUAUUCAUUAAUUACACAUUUGUUACUUCAGUUAAACUAUCAUAAAAAUAUAUUUCUUCUGCUAAUAUAGCACAAGAAAUAAAUGCUUCGUCCUCUGAAUCCAAUUGAAAAUUGAUUUCUUCAGGAAGCUUUUUUGGACUAGAUAUAAAAUCAGAACAAUUUUCAUCAUGACAUUUCUGAUACAUAACUUGUUUAGUUAAGUCAACGAUCCAAUAGAUAUUAUUACUUUUGUGCCAUCUUCCUAUAUUUUCACAAUAUCUAUGCAAUAUUUUAAACAAAGUAUUUUAUAUAAGUUUAUGAUAAUUCAUUUUUAAUAGAAAUUAUUAAUAUGUAAUUUAUUUUACUUGAA